AUGCACUUCAAAAUAGUUGUUGCUUCCUUCACCUUCCUCGCAACGCUUUUUGCGUCCGCUCAGGCAGCUACCGUCGUUGCAUAUGGAGGUUCGGACUGCACAGGCAGUGUAGGAAACACGGUGCCGUGUGAUGGAAGCUGCCGUGCUUUUGGAGGCAGACAUUCACUAAAGAUCUCCGGCGGUGGAACUCACUGUGUCACUCUAUAUGAGAAUUCAGGAUGUACUUCGUCAGCAAAGGUUUCAUUUGCGAAGGUUGCUUCCGGAACGUGCUUCCGUGUCAACACAGGAGGGCCUGUAGUGUCUUUCAGAUGCUCGGACAGCACCUCUUGUGUUACUUAA